CCAGUUAACUGGCGCCCAAUGCUCCUUGACGGCCUGUGAAGUGCUGGACAUGGUGGCUCGAGGAACACAGGGCCAAAAUCCUAAGGGCCAUGCGGCCUGUGUCGAAGACAUACAGUGGAGACAGCUGGACCGCCGACUACGCGCUAUUGAACAACCAACAUGGACGAUUAGCGUUUCUCAAUCCCGCUGGCGACAAUGCGGGAAAAGCGUGUGUCGCUGUGAUGUGGCUCGCCGGUCGCUCAACUGCUGGCGUGCUGGCCUCACCACCCUCACAAGUGAUCUACUGGUCCCGUCCGACCUUGUCAGCAUCGAUCUGGGCACAAAUAAGCUGCGCACGCUUCACAAAACAACGUUUAAGGGUAUGAGGUCGCUGAGUGAAUUGGACAUGUUUGAUAACCAUGUGGAAUACCUGCCGGCCGGCAUUUUCGACUCCCUCGUUAGUCUGAGGAUACUACGGCUACAAAGAAAUUUUCUAGAGGAAAUAGACAGCGAAACUUUCCGAGCCACUAAGAAAUUAUUCCAUGUAGAUAUAUCUAACAACUUCCUUUAUACGCUGCCUGAAAAGUUAUUCGCCAAUAACUCAUAUCUAGAAACCCUCGAUAUUUCAAAUAAUCAAGUCGUUUAUAUACCGUCAGACAGCUUUAUAGGAUUGGAAUCUCUGCGCAUUUUAGAUUUAUCUAGUAACAAAAUACAACAAAUCCAAAACGGCACGUUUUUGCUGAGAACCUUAGUUAUCUUGAAGUUGUCAGAAAAUAGAAUCGCUAAUAUUACUGAGAACGCCUUUGAAAGUCUCGGUUCAUUGGAGACGUUGCUGCUGGAUAAAAACAACCUGGAAAAUAUUCCAGAACAGUUAUUUAGCAAGCUCAGCUGUCUCAUUUACUUGGAUUUGUCGGAUAACAACUUACAAAGCCUAACAGGUGGGGAAUUUGAAAACCUAAAGCACUUAAGAAACUUGGAUUUGAAAGGCAACUCUUUGACAGUUCUCCCAGACUACACAUUUUCUAAUUGCUCAAAACUUGAAAAGCUCGAUUUAUCUAAAAACAAGCUGCGCUUUUUAAAUAUAACAAGUUUUCAUGGGUUGGACAACUUGAGCUCUUUAAUGCUUUCAGAGAAUAAACUCUAUGAAGUACACUUCAAAACUUUCUCGAUGCUAAAGAACCUCACAACAUUAUAUUUAGACGGAAACAUGUUCCCAUCCCUGCCAUCCCGCACAUUGGACUAUAUGCCAAAGUUAGCAAUCGUAAAGCUAUCGGGGAACCCUUGGCAUUGCGACUGCCACACACUGUAUAUAUCGGCAUGGGUGCGGCUAAACGAGAUGAAAAUAUGGGACUACUCUCCAACAUGCGUGUCGCCCUGGUAUUUAGAGGGGCAUUUCCUGAGGAAACUGAAGUUCCCAGAGCUGUGCUCAGGACAAUGGGCUAGCAUGGUCAACUUAUCCCCUCGCCUGCCUAUACAACAACUCCUCUCCCUCAAUGUGACAGUGAACAGAAAACCGCAAGAAAGCAUGGAACCGAAUCACGACGUCACCACUAUUGAUCCUUGGCAUUGAAGCGACCUCUAUGAUGUAUUUGUUCAAGACGGCUUAGGACUACUUAUUGUUAUUUCAUUUAGCACUAUUGUCGUGAAUACAGGCCAUUUACAGGCGAUAAACUAAGUGGCCUUGUUUGUUUCAGUGCCAAUAACAAUGUUUUUUCUUGUUACAAGAAACGACAGCGUCGGUUUAGAAAGUUAUUGAGCGCCCUGCCUAAAGUGCCUACAAUAGUUUGGCGUUUAGAAAUGAGUUGUACCUCUAAUUUAUAUAUUUCUGUUAUAAAAUUUAAAAAAAGAGUACAAUGGAGAUGUUUUAGUAACUAACAAAGUCAAACAAGCGACUCACAUAUCAGAAUCAGCACAGGCUUCAUCAUAAUUGCAAAUUGCAAAGAGAAGAAAACGUUAUAGUAAAGUUCUGUUAUUUUACUAUAUAAUUAAAUCUUCAAUUUAAUAUCCUAGCGACAGUCCACAACAAUGAUGAAUACAUUUUUUCUCUUGUUUAAAUUUUGUAAGUCCAAACUAUCCCGCAGACAGCUUUGGGUAUCGGAGACAAUAUUGUUAAAUGCGCGUGAUUGAGCUUCAAAGAAUAAAUAUGAAAUGUUGAGUUAAAUACGAGUACCUAUCUAUAACCCAAGUGAAAAAUGC